AUGGCAACAACAAAGUUUCAUACCAAUCAAUCAAUCGUAAAUUUACUAAAAAAUUUUACGCGCUUAUUCCAAAUCAGUGUUGGGUAUGUUCAAAAAUCAGAAAAUGAUGAUACAAUAAAGACAUGCGUUGACGAAACAGAGAAAAUGGUUAAUGAUAUUUGGACUAAAAAAGAAGGUUUUAAUACGAUAAAAACGAUUUAUGAAACAGUUUUGACUACCAUUGAAAAUACACUGCCGAAAAAAUCAGAACGAAUUCAGAUAAUUAAAAAAGAAUUCCAGUCUUCAUUUGAACUUGCUGCUCAAAAUAUCAUAGAAAAUUAUCGUCAACAAACAAAACAAUAUUUUCUCAGUGAUUUAUACUCAAUGGUUAUUAAUGAUAUAAAUAAAUAUAUGUUAAUUGAACGUAUAGAACCUCUACAUUCCACACGUACAUCUGCAUUACAAAGUUUAUGGAAACCAUCAGAGAACAUGAAGAGUUCAACUACGAUAUCGCCUAAAAAAUACCCCAAAACAGAAAUAAUCAAGAAAAAUAGAGAGAAAACUAUACAAAUUUUUGAAAAGGUUGCCAUCGAGUUCAAUAUGUCAUUAUCUUGUCUUGUUCAUCAACUAAUGAAUAAAAAACAGAGAAAUAAUGAAGUACACAAAACGGAAAAUUUUAUGCGAAAAUAUCAUGAUUCAUCACAAGGAAAGGUCGAGAUGAAUUUAUCAGCAUUUUUAACUAAUUAUCCCCGUGCGUUGGAAUUAGCAGAAUUUACUACAGAAGAAAUUGAAAAAACACAGCAAGCGUUCUCUAAAUACAAUCAAUAUAUAAAUUUACCCCGGAAUAAUAAGUAG